AUGUCGUCCAUUGUGUCGCGGAAAGCCGGUCGCGGCGAACCAGCAAAGCCCAAGUUUGCACGCCCUAAUCCCGUCAGAGCCAUGCGCGAGCGCGAGGAACGUCGUCAAGCUGCCGCCGCCGCCGCAGGCCAGCAGAGGCAGUCCGCGGCUGCAGCCAACAAGGGUGCCGUGGCCCCUCCAGCGCGUCAGCAGUGUCCCAACAAGGCCUGUCCCAAGCCCAACGUCGUCGACGGCACCUGCCAGACCUGCGGUCGUGUUGCGGAUGACAGCAACAUCGUCGCCGAGGUUCAGUUCGGCGAGACCUCCUCGGGUGCUGCCAUGGUCCAGGGUUCCUAUAUCGGUGCCGACCAGGCCGGAGUCCGUAGUAUGGGCCCGGCCUUUCGCCGCGUCGGUGGCUCUGAAGACAGGGAAAAGAGCAUCCGAGAAGCGCGUGGCCUGAUGCAGGGAUAUGCUCAGCAGCUCAGCGUCUCUGAAAGCCUCGUGGCUGCCGGCACACAGGUCUUCAAGCUCGCCUCGGCGGCCAACUUCAUCCAAGGCCGUACGCUUGCGAGCGUCGCCGCCGUCUGUCUCUACGCUGCGUGCCGUGCCGAGCCUCCCUGCAAAGUCAUGCUGAUCGACUUGGCCGAUUUGGUGCAGCUCAAUGUCUUCAAGCUCGGAAGAAUCUUCAAGAAGCUUAACGAAGUCGUGCCGAUUGGCAACGACGGCCUCAUUCCCGUUUACCCUGAGGAUCUGAUCUGGAGAUUUGCCACCAAGAUGGAGUUCCGCCAAGAGACGGCCAAGGUCGCCGAAGAUGCCGUCCGUCUGGUCAAGCGAAUGAGCCGAGAUUGGAUGGUCAUGGGACGACGCCCAUCAGGCAUCUGCGGUGCCUGCCUGCUCAUGGCCGCGCGCAUGCACAAUUUUCGCCGCACCGUCCGCGAAGUUGUGUACAUUGUAAAGGUCACAACUCACACCAUUCAAAACAGAUUACAAGAAUUCAACUGUACCGAAUCGAGUCAAAUGUCGGUAGAAGACUUUUUAAAGCAAGAUUUUCUCGAGAGCUCACACGAUCCGCCCUCUUUUUACCGAAAAACCGACGAGUACAGGGCGCAGCAGGAAGAAAAGGCCAAGAAGAGGAAACGAAACGACCAAGCAAACGACGAUGAAGAGGAGCCCGCUCCGCCGCCUGGACCUGUUGUUAGGACACGACGAGGCACAGAUGCCGGCGCUGACCUUUCCAGCGCACCUCAGCUAAAGUUCCGUCGUGAUGCUGACGGUUUCAUCAUCCCACCCCAUCCCUCACAGAUCCCGAAAGACAUGCCAUCUGUUCCUAUUCCCGAAGAAGCGGCCGAGGUAGACGAUGACCUGCAAAAGCUAGCCAACGAAUUCGGCGAUGCACUCGAUGAAGAAAUGGAUCAAGAGGAAGCUUCCAGUUCGGGCAAGGGAAAGAAGAAAAAGGCACAGCUCCCUAUCAACGAGGAAUGGGAGCAAGACGAGCAAGACCUAGAGGGUCAAAUCGAGGAAAUAUUUAACGAUCCGCUUACAUACGAACACGCUCUGGCCUACUCCAAUGCUGAACAACGCGCGCGAAUUCACUCCUCGUGGGCUCUGCAGCAACGGCCCCAGAAGGAGGUAUCCAUGUCUGUCGACAUUGACGAAGAUGAAUUUGCCAACGAUCCGGAAGUGCGCAACUGCCUACUCUCACCCGAGGAAGCGCAGAUCAAGGAAAUGAUCUGGGUCAACCAGAACAAGGAGUGGCUGCGCCGGCACCAAGAAAAAGUGUUCCGCCGCAAAGUCGAGGCUGAACGGCCGAAGCAAACGCGUCGACGUAGAAAGCGCGCGCGUAUUGGCGAAGGUCAGACAAGCCCGGCGAGCUCUGCAGCAGAGGCCGCGGUCAGCGUCGCCAAGGACCGAGCUUGGUCGAAGCGUAUCAAUUACGAUGCCAUCCGCAGCAUCUUUGACGUGCCUGAUGCCGGCGGGCUCGGGUCUGCGGCUACGAGCCGCAAGACGAGUCUGGCGGGUAGCACCCUCGGCGGUGACGACGAUGAAGCGCCUGAUGAUAGUGACGCGGGCGACGACGACGCGCAGGACGAAGAUGCGAUGGAGCACAGCUACCGCGGCGAACACGAAGGCUUUGCUGAAGACGACGACAAUCCUGAUUUAGACGAGGCAUAUGGCCUGGAAGAUGACUGA